AUGCCUUCGCGGGCCAGAACCAUGAGCACCGUAUCCAUUGACCCCUCCCACCAAGAAGAUCCCACCAUCCGUCUCCUGGAUAUACAGUCUCAAGGGACCAGUCAAGGCACUUCCAACAAUUGCAGCCGCAAUAGCAUCGACGAGAUGGCCAGCGCGCUUCUUGAAGAUACAACCAUGACCUCCGCCAUGGAGUCGCCGACUGAUCAGGCCCCUCAUGUUGCCUCCGAUGAGACGGCAUGCACCAUCACUCGCGUGUAUCCGCAUCCUAUCCAUAACACCGGCAUAGUUGAAGAUGCUGUUGAUGAUGCUGGAGUGGAGGAGGCGCCCGCCGCCAAUCGAAAGAUUCGCCAGCGACCAGCUCCUGUCGUGCGACCCUCACCCAGCCUACCCAGAAGGUCGUCGAGACGCCGAUCCACUCGCCAGCGACCAUCUCCUCCAGCUCCUCCCCGCUGUGACUACGUCAAGGGACUCCCAAAGUCGAGCACCGGCGCUCUGAAUCCCCUGGCGAUGCACCCGCCUAACAGUAGGAUGACCAAGCUGCCCGCAUCGGCAACAAUGCCGUUGACAAAUCUUCACGAACAGCCCAAUGCCGCCCCAACGACCUCCAACAGGCCAAUAGGUCUUGACGCUUCUGAGAUUGCCGAGAAGAUCGAAAAGAUGUUAGCUGCUACCCAGGCACUCAAGUCAGAGCCACAACCUGCACAACCUACAACCGCCAUUCCCUCCAGCAGCACGUCUUCAAAAGUGUCUCGCCUCGUCAAACAUAACGGCCUUUUCAGGAAGGUUUCUCAUGCGCUUUCCGAACGGCGGCUUUUCCCCAAGAAUCAAUCCAAGGACGCCAAGGUACAAAGCAUCGUGGAAGAGGAGGACGAAGCAGAACUUCUGGCUCCAGGUGGCGUUGCAGGGAAGAGGUCAGGUCUUAAGUCGAUCGAACUACGCCUUAAUGAGGGUGUGAACUUGAACAAAGACAAGGUUCAGAAGAUCUUUGGCGGAAAAGUCCGUCGCAAGCCCGUUUUCAUGGAGGGCAAGUCCUUACGCGCUCGUAGGUCGCUGUAUGAUCCUUUUUCGUCUCCAAGCUCACUCCGACGACCUCUCACCGAGUUCGAAACCCGUCUCCGGGGAGGUUCCAUGGACGACUCUGUGCUGCCGCCUCUUUCAUCCGAAAAUCCAUUCGAAUCGGAAAGAGUGAUGGAGAGCAGCCUGGAUUCAAUACUCCCGUCUGCUCCCAUCGCCUCAUCAACACCUCGAAGAGGCUACAAGCGUACUUCGUCGCCCAGCGAGAGUCCUACCAAGAAACCUCGUGGCGGUCUGCGAAGCCGCAGCAUCGAUUUCGAUGCUAUUUCUCCCAUGGGCCUAGGCCUGGAGAGUGCGCAACCCAAGAAGAAUCCCUUGGCUUUGUCUCCGGGACUUGCCAGCAUCUUCUCAUACGUCCCGGUUGUGGAUGACGUCGAGAGAAAAAAACACCCUUCUCCUGCUAAGCGUGACUUGGAGCUCAUGACGAUCGAGUUCCGCACGCAAUAUCCGGAUGUGCCCUUGGGCCGUGCGGCUGAGCAAGACGAGUUGGACGAGCUUGCUCGUAGUACCCUCCUCUUGCCGGACUACGACGUCGAUCGCGAAAACAAGUACCUUCGUCCAUCUUGCACCAGCCGCUCCGCCAGCAACCGAUCUGGGGAGAGUACGGAGGAUGAUGAGGGAAUGGUACCCUUGCUUAGACCUAGUCGACCCAGGCCGCUUUACACCGCGCCGGUGCGCAAAGCGGUCGUCAAACCUGUCGGCAUCACUCGUUCGCGGACAGACUCACAGCUUACCCUCAACCCAUACCUCCGUCAUAUGGAAACUGAUGAGCUCCAGAUGGGUUCUUCCGCCAUGAAGCAUGGUUAUAGACCUCUUGGCUCACAGGAGGUCUUCUGA